AUGGCGGCAGUCGCCGCGCAAGCGGCGAUCCUCAUCCUCGCCACGAUGGCAGCUGUGCAAGCCUUCCUCGCCUCGCCUCCUCCGCGGCCGCGGCCGCCUCCGCCGUCGCCGUCUCUGCCUCCCCCACCGCCUCCGCUGCCCCCACCACCCCCAAGGCCGCCACCGUCGCCGCCGCCAACGCCCUGGCGGCUGGGAGACGCUCGAAAGAGGCUCGCCAUCCUCUCGGCCACCCUCUCGCUCGUGGACCGCGCCCCUUUUGCACUCGCGACCAAGGCAGCACUAAACGCGACGGGGCGCGCCUCAGAGAUUGGCAUCAACGCCCACGUGCAGGUUGGGUGCGGCAUCUCAUACUCUAGCGCAGAGAAGCCGGCGGUGGACAUUGUGGGGGUCGAGGGCUGCGAGCACGGCUUGUGUGGCCCCGACGACUCGAGAACAAGCAGCGCCCGCCGCUUCCACCCAUGGUCCGACCUCAAACGGCACUGCUGGGUGCACGGCUCGCUCUGGUGGCUCCGCCACUGGGCCGGGGCCUUCCUCGCCGACAAGAUGCUGCGCGCAGUGCCGUUCCCUGACCUGAGCGCGUCCGACGGCGCGCCAGAGCUCAAAGAGGCCUUCAACCUCUUCGACAUCGACUCGUCCGGCUCGAUCGACAUCAAGGAGCUGCACGCAGCGAUGCGCUCUCUUGGGGCAUCGGAGGAGUCUGCCGAGGGCCACAUCGACAUCAAGGAGCUGGAGACGGUCCUCACCAAGCUGCAAAUCGACAGGCAUGGCACCAAGGUGGAAACCGUCUUCAACGAGGCGGACACUAACGACGACCGUAAGGUGACAUUCGACGAAUUCGUCGUGAUGUUCGUGUCUCAGAAAAAGGCCGGAGCCGCAGCGUGA